GCGUUCAUUCAUUGAUCACCGUUUCCAGAUGGCCUGUUGAUUUUGUGUGUUUCAGAUGAAUGGCUGUAAAUAAUCACAGUACCCAUAUAGAUAUAUCUAACAUUGAAUUGGGUAAAAAAGAAGUGCAAGUCGAUCAAAAUAUGCCUAGUCUUCCGACUCAAAGUGGAAAGAAACUAAUCCUUUGUUGUUCAGGAAUAUUUAUUUGUUAUUUUUAUUAUGGCAUUAUUCAAGAAAGGAUGUAAGUUAAAAGUACUUUUGUUUUUAUAUAGCCACAGGUUUAUUAAUUUGAAUUUUUAUGAACUCUUUACUAGUAAACUUUUGGCAUUCUACGACUAGCGUAGUAAAUACAGACAAUAAUUCCAAUCAUUGUCAAUGAGUUCUUGUUGACAUGUUCAAGUGAAACACCAAUGAGAGACCUACAGUAUCUAUAAAUAUUGAGUGAUCAACUCGUUGGAAAAAGAUUUUGAUAUCUUAAUUUGCCUUGUACUUCGGGCAAAUUUACUCUUGACUGACCAUAAAUAAUGUUCCUUCAUAUAUAUAAUUAAUAUUAUUAAAAAAGUUUAAUCAAAUUAACUUUGGAAUUUCACAGUUGAUGUCAAUCUCGUUCCCCGAGCCUGCGAUCCUCGGGAAGGAACGUGAGGCUCUGGGAUAAUCUGUUACCGGAAGCCAGGAAUCCUGGCUAGAAGAUUGAACUACGCAUUCCAUUUCAACGGCUAAUCCGAUUCCUCCCUGAAACAGAUUAUUCCAGAGCCUCACGUUCCUUCCCGAGGAUUGCAGGCUCGGGGAACGAGAUUGGGUUGAUGUGCACACGCCAGACAUUCCAACUACUGGAGGUAAAAUUUAGGGAGACUAUUCAAUGAAUUGAAAUCUAGUACUUCUGGGAAAAAAUAAUAAAAAUUAAGUCUUCUGAAAUGGCAUUUCCUGCAUUUUGGGAGUAUGUUGUUAUAAAUGAUCCUAUAAAUUGCCAUAAAGUAACUUCAUAAAAAGGUCAAGACGAGAUAAUCUAAUUGUCGCGGGUCGCAGGUUUUGUUCACGGGUAUUUUUCGUGGGUCGCAGGUUUUUUUGCGGGUCGCAGAAUUUUUUGCGAGUCCCCGAAUUUUUAUUCCGGGGUCUUUUUUCAUGACAUCUGUUUUGUCCGGGGGGCGAAAUCUUUUAAGGAUAAAUGGAUGAUUCCAGCUAUAGACUAAAUUUUUAUCCAGACAGGAAGAACAAAAUCCAUCACUACAGCAAGAAAGAACAUCUUAAAGUUAGUGAAAUUGCACAGUACGUUUGGUCGCGAAAUGUUGUAAAUGCUUUUGUAUUACGUGCAGAAAUUUGCACCGCUUUUGAGCCCAUUUUAGGAUGCUCUUUCUACCUGUGGUGAUGGAUUUCGUUCUUCUUUGCCCAGAUUAAAAUUUCGUCUAUAGCUGGAAUCAGUCCAUUGAAAUUGGCGAAAAAAAAAUAAUGCAACUAUAGCGCAGCUUCCCAAUCCCAGGAUGCAUUCCAUGUAAACUCUAUGCCGAAGAUACGCCAAAAUGUAUGAUCCUUUACACCAAUACAUCAGAGAUUUUCAUUUUUGGGGACUUAAAUCCAAGUAUUGAAAAUAGCUAAUAUGGUGAUUUGUGUAGUUAUACUGUCAAUUUACAUGUGGCCAUUAAAUCAGGCACAAACUAAUCACUUCUUUUCGAGUGUAUCUCACGCCAUUACGCCAACAAUUUUGUAACCUCACGCCGGAUCAGAAAAACAGAGUUAAAACACGUUGUUCUUGAAAAACGAAUCGAUAAAGAACCAAACUCAGUCCAAAGGUCAAAUCCCUAAAAAUCAUGUGAAGUCGUGGAACAAAUGCACACCAUCGCUGAUUGGUCGAAGCGUAAAGAACGUUGCCUAAAACUGAUAAUCAUGCAUACAUGCACGUUUCACAUUUCCCUGCAUUAUUUUUUGUGUUGGGAGUAAAGUCUCUCUUUAAAAUAUAAACAACAACAUAGGCUUAGUUAUGAAAAUAACUUCAUGAAUAAUUAUAGCUAAAUCGUGAACUACACGUAAAGAAUUCAGAAUUUUGUAUUCGGCUUCAGAAGGCAGACUGCAUGUUUGACUUUUCUUUGUCUUUGUAUUAUAUGUUUGAUGUUUGACUAAGUAAAAUUAAACCAUGCACGCUGACAGUGUAAUUGAGAACUUUUUUGUCUCUUAAUGGCAACUCAUUUUCUGAUAAAGCCACAACAGCAUGAUAUAUGACUUCGUAAAAGGAUUGCUAUAAAAUAUGCUUAGCACUAAGCACUGUAUUAAUCAACUUUGGGCUAAAUUUUUGGCUAAUAUUUUUUCGGUUAUGACUUCUGGUUUUGAAAAAUAAACUUUAAUUGCGAAGCUGCGCUAGUUGCAUUAUUUAUCCUUAAAAGAUUUUGCCUGGACAAAACAGAUGUCAUGAAAUUAGUCCCCGGAAUAAAAAUUUGGGGACUCGCGAAAAAUUUUGCGACCCGCAAAAAAAACCCGCGAACGAAACCUGCGACCCGCGACAAUUAGAUUAUCUCGGUCAAGACAGACUAUUAUGGUGCUAAAAACAGUAUAUUUAUGAUUUUUUACGAUAUUUCCUGAAUAUUCUGAAAAAUUGGGAGAAUUUCAUAAAAAUCGGGAGACCAGGAGAUUGCAUGAAUUUUCGGGAGACUCCCGGUAAAAUCGGGAGAGUUGGAAUGUCUGGCACACGCACUGCACCCAUUCUAUUGUUGACCAGUCAAUAGUGGGAUACUGCGUUCUCAGAUGAGAUUUAGACAGUAUAUGCUUGCACCACCAUAGUGUUUAGAUAUAUAGGAGGCAAAAUCACAUUAAUUUAGCUUGAGCUUGAAUUGUACAGUGUAGUUUUUCCCAGCCAAUGAUAUAAUAAUAACAGUUCUUAUUAAUACACUACAGAACUAGGGUACCUUAUGGCGAAGAAGAAGAAAAAUUUGUCUAUCCCAUGACCUUGGUCUUUAUGCAAUGUGUAGUCAAUGCUCUCUUUGCCACAGCAGGUUUGUGACAGAAUGUUCUAAAGUUUACAUGGUAUUUUUGUGCCUGUGAGCUUUGCAGAAAUUUAUGCCUUUAAUUUUCCUUUAAUUUCAAAAUAUGUAAAAUUAUGAAAUUAGUUGAGGUUUCAUUGUAAUUCUCAAUAGAAUGUGUUAUCUCAAUGAAAAAUCAUGUCUAGCAAUUACAUGAUUAGAUGAUAAUAUUCUAACCCAGAUAAUGUACAUGAUUCAGGUACACAUUUAUUUACUAACUGUUCGCUUUUUCAUUUUAGUAAUCAAAUUGACAUAUUCAUCAUCAGACAUUGAUCGAACACCAACAACGUUGUACAUCUGGUGUGCAUGUUCAUAUGUUGGUGCCAUGCUUGCAAGUAAUGCUGCUUUGCAAUAUGUUAGCUACCCAACACAGGUAAAGUUCACUACUUGAAAGCAAAUUGCCACUGAUAUCUACAUUUAGUUUAUUUACUAACAACAAGUUAUUUGUUCACCCAAUUUGUUCAACAAGUUAUUUGUUCACCCACCUUUCAAAUUCAUUUAUUUACUAACAACAAGUCAAUUUUGUGCCAAUGAACCUAUUCCCUAAUGAACACAAUUUUGAUCUAGACAACAACAUUUUGAUCAUCACAGCUUGAAAGAGCAUCGCAAAAUUAGUAAUAUUCCGAAGUUUCGUUGCGAAAUGUUGUAAAAUGCGGAUAAUAUAGCCCUACGAAGUUUGCCGUUUUUCAGCCAUUUUGUAUUACGCGCGGGAAAUUGAAUAAUUGAUACCUUUUUUCAGAAAGCGGUAUCAAUUUCCCGUGCGUAAUACAAAAUGACUGAAAAACGGCAAACUUCGCAGGGCUAUAUUAUCCGCAUUUUACAACAUUUCGCAACGAAACCUCGGAAUAUUACUAGUUUGUGAUGCUCUUUCAAGCUGUGAUGAAAUUUUUGUCUAGACUAGUUGAGAUCAAAAUUUUGUUCAUUAGGGAAUAGGUCCAUUGCCGUAGAGGGAGAACAAAAUGCCGUGGAUCAAUGUGGAAACGACGGCAAUUUUUGCCGUAUAGUGUAAUUUUUAUACUAUUCACUGUGCAUUACUAUUUUGAUACUUGAAUUUAGAUGUUGAUCAAAUCAUGCGUAACUGAAUUACUAUUUUAGUCUCAGUUUUCUUCGAAAAAAAAAACACUAAAGAAAUACGUAAACAUGUUUCUAGCUUGUCAACAAUCCAAAGUAACAAUAAAAUUAAAUAUUUAUUACAGUAAUUUGAAAAAAAUGCCGUUGGAACUGCCGAAAUUGCCGUAGACAGCUGUUACGUUCAACGGCAAUUUUUAACGCCAUUGCCGUCGAUUGAUUUCAGGGAAAUUCGAGGCCUGGUACAAUCACUGAACAAUAAUAUAACAUAGAAGGCUCACUCGAGCUCAAAAAGUGAAGCCAAACAUGGCGGAAAUUGAAGGCAUUCUUGCGCGUCAUUCUCAGUCUCCUUACGUGCGCGGUCAACUAAACUUUUAUAUUUUUCUUUAUUUUCCAAGUAAAAACCACUAAAUAGAAAAUAAAUAACAAAAUUUUCUUACAUGCAUGGAAUUAAACUGGAGUUAAAAAGCAGUUUUAUCGGUCAGGAAAACGGACUAAAAUAAGCUAAAUAAUGGGGUGAAAACUGAAAAACACCAUAGAAACAAGAAAGCAAAACAAGCAAAUCAAAAAAAUGAAGAAAAACACAACCCGAGAGUCGCGGACCCAUCACUUCCCGCCAUGAAAAAUCGAAAAUACAAAAAAAUGUUUGGCCGCGCGGGUAAGGAGACUGAGAUUGACGCGCAAGAAUGCCUUCAAAAUCCGCCAUCUUUGGCUUCACUUUUUGAUUACGUCACUGACUGAAGUCAGCCUUCCAUGUAUAUAGUUCACCGGGUACAAUACGAUACGAUACGAUACAACAUAAUGAUUACACUUGUAUCAACUACUGAGAGGUUGUGUGGGGCCCAGGGCAAACGUUUCCCAUGGACCUCUAGGACAUCGUUGAGCUGGGGCCUGGGGUAAAAUCCUUCCUCUUAGCAGGUCUGAAUGUAUCCCACCAGGCAGCAUACAAGUGGAAAAUUGUUGCACGAUACAUUAGGGCCAUUUAUACGGGACAAAAUAAGACGCGACUUGCAUAAGACGCGACUUAAAUAAGACGCGAGUUUGUCGUAUAAAAGGUACUACAAAAUUCUUAUGUAAGACGCGUCUUGGAUAAGACGCGUCUUACAUAAGAACAGGACUUUUGAGCUGUUCUUAUUUAAGUCGCGUCUUAAAUAAGAAAUUUUAAACAAAAAUUCUAACUACACAUGCCCGAAACUUGAAACAACGUAAAAUUAUUAGCCUUGCAUAUUCAAACAAAAACAACCGAAACAACAUUAUAGCUAUAGCAAGUAAAUAAGAAUAAAUCCGUAGAGAACCAUUUAUGCGAUAACUCAGCUUAUAUAAGACGCGUCUUAUGUAAGACGCGACUUAUUUUGUCCCGUAUAAAUGGCCCUAUUAUUGGCUCCAGUACAUUAUUUCAGAAAUGGACCAUCCUGCAGAAUUUUGCCGAACGGACAUUUUGCCGUCGGACGUUUUGCCGAACGGACGUUUUGCCGAACGGACAUUUUACCGAACGGACAUAUUGCCGAAUGGACAACUUGCCGAAAAUAGAGAUAUCUUCUGAACUUUAAAGCUUCGCUUAUACGGUCAAAGUUUCUGUGAUUAAAGUCAUUGUCGAUUUUGAUGACAGAAACUUUGAUAGUGAAGUAGUUUCGUUUUAUAUUCUUUCAAGUUUUUGAAAAGUUUACCGAAAUUUCGCGAUAUAAAGAAUAACAUCAUUCAACAUCAUUCAUGAACGUCAAGGUAAAAGUUUACCAUGUAUAUAUUUUACAAAAAGUAUGUUUAUAACUGUUCUGCAAAUUAUGAGCAAUAGCUCGACAGUACAUUGUUUACGACCUGACGUCAAAACACGUUCCUAACAAAUGAGUCAUCCGCUGCACAAACAACCUACGGUACCAAUAGUCAGUAUGGUUAUGCACUGCUAACGACCCAUUAUGCACUGCUAAUGACCAUAUCAUGGUUAUUAUACACAAUGGUUGAGAAUAACUGUGGUUAAGAAAUUAGUCACAGUCCCAAUUCCCAAACAUUUUGACGAAAUAACAUCUCUGUUUUCAGCAAAGUGUCUUUCGGCAAAAUGUCCGGGUACCUGGACCAUAAGGAGUCAUGAGAUUACUUUAAUACGAAAUAACGUUUGUCCAGUCAAUCACAAGAAUAAAGUACAAUCUAACAGAGAAAAAAAUGCAAUAAGCAAAAGGAAAUGCUGUUGAAACCAUUUAGCCGGUUCUUUUUUAUCAAUGAAAAUAAUUUACCAAACAUGUUCUUUCAUGAAAUAAUUAAAAGUGUUGUGCGAAUGAUUGUUUUCUAUCACUUAAAAUAGGAAAUAGUUUUGAUCCCCUUGAAUCUCAAUGUUUCUCAAAGAAAAGCAUCCACGCUACUGACAGUAUAUAACCUUAUAAGUGCCCUUGCAAGAGCAGACAUUAAGAUUAUUAAUAAUUGUUACUAUAUAGUACUUCCAUCGUCAAUUUUUACUGUAAUACUAUAUACAUGUAGCGUCUAUAUGUUUGGCCUUUACCUUAUACAGGUGUUGGGGAAAUCUGUUAAACCAAUUCCAGGUUUGUAUACUGUAUUCUGUGUCCAAUAUAUGUCGUUUACACUGUACAGUGCAGCUAUGUAGGCUAAUGUGUUAAAACUAACAGGUUCUAUUAUCGCUAUUUUUAGUAAUGUUACUUGGCGUACUAAUAGCAAAAAAGAGAUACCCUCUUGCAAAAUAUUUAUUUGUCCUCAUGAUUGUAUGUGGAGUAGCGCUAUUUUUAUAUAAAGAUGUAAGUAAAUCUGCUUAACAAUAACAAUAUUGUAUAUACAAAGAAUGUAUGCACAAAUUUGAGGUUACAGUACAUUGACCUCACAGUAGGGAACAGAUCGAGCCUAAUAUAUAUCUCGUGAAUAUAGAAGUAUGAGGUACUGUAACUACAGUAAGUUACCUCAUAAUGGCGACAAUAUAUAAAAACUAUUACAUAACUAUCUUAUAGAGAAACAUGGAGACAAAAACAACAUGGUUUUUAACUGCCAAAGUCAACUUCAAAAGUUGACCUGAGCGGGGAUAUUGAUCUCUCACCUUCGGGGCUCCGGUCGCCACUUUAGAGCUAUCGAGCCAACAGAGAUUGGGGGCGAGUUUUAUUCAUUUUAAGUAUGCUAAAAAUGUAUCUUCGCAGGAGUAGGUCUUUUUCGAGUUAAGCCCUUUUCGAGUUAAGCCCCUGCCACGCCCUUUUUCGCCGGGGGCUUAACUCGAAGUCAAUUAACGAUUUAAGCAUUCGAGUUAAGCCCCGACAUUUGGUGGAUGUAAACAUGUGACGCGUGUAUAUACUCGCAAAAAUAUUGGCAAAUAAGGGUCGAGGGAGAAUGUAAAAUUUCAGCAAUUUUAAGAAAUAUAUUUUACUAUACUAAGAUCUCUGUUGCUUUGUGAGAUACCCUAGAGAUGAGAGAAUUCAAUAAGGAUUUGCAACAGCUCAUUCAGGGCUGCAAAGUCGAGAAAAUUAUGUCCCGAAGCUGGAUCGAUUCAAUUCAAGAUUUUAUUGACACUGUUUAUUGACAUUGAUCGAACCCAGGAACUAGAACGUAGCAGUCGCACGCCGAACCUUCUGAGCUGCUGUCGAGCUCGCUGAAGUCCUUCUAAAAAACUCAUUUUAUAUCACUCCAAUGUUAUAGUGACUGCCAAUCAUUUAGUUUUUUCGAUAACCGUGACCGGCUGCCGGUAUUACUGACUACUGUCCUUUCUGUCUGUUCUCUCCCUGACGGGUUCUUGGCAAGAUGAGUUUCUCGGUUAUGUCAUGUAAAUAGUCACCGGAAAACUAUAAACGAGUUUACAUAAUAUUCUAGUCUUAGAUCUUGUCGUUGCCGAGUAAAUCGGUUAGAAAGGUAGCUUGCCUCCAUAUGAACAUUCCUAUAAGAUUUGCGUUCUGCAAGUGCCGCUAUAUAUUAUUUAUUUUUUAAAGCCGUAAUUGCCGCCCUGAAUGAGCUGUUGUUAGUACAAAUCCUUAUUGAGUUCCCUCAUUUCACGAUGUCAUUGUCUGUAUAAAACUGUAGGCAAAGCAACAGAGAUCUUAAUAAGUAAAAUAAUUAUAUAUUUCUUGAAAUGCGGAAAUUUUACAUUCUCCCCCGAUCCUUAUUUGCCAAUAUUUUUGCGAGUAUACACCCGUCACUUGUCACCCCGGCGAAUAAGGGCGUGGCAGGGGCUUAACUCGAAAAGGGCUUAACUCGAAGGGAGAUAGUUAGGACUAGAUAGAAGGUAGUUAAGACUAGAAAAAUACCUACCCCUUUUCGCGUCGACUUAAACACUAUCCGUGCAGUGUUUUGAUCCUAAUACUGACAGAACCAUUCUCAGAGAAACUUGAAGAGAAAAUUUCCAACAUGCUCUUUUAUCAUGUUAACUUCAUGAGUUGACUUUGGCAGUUGUAAGAAAUUAUGUUAGAAAUAAAUUCAAAUAAAUUAUAGGAAUGUACAAGGGGCCAUUCACAAAGGAUGUCCGAGCCGAGGGGGGAGGGGAGGGGGGUUUGGAAAAUCAGGACAAACUCGGACAUAGGGGGGAGGGGUGUUUUCAGCAAUCCGGAUGUCCGAAAUUAAAAAUAAUUCAAAAACAAAUUACUUUUUCCUCUCUUUUGAACUCUCCUUCCCAUUGUGAAAUUGGCAUUUUGAACACUUCAUAAUAUUAUCUAAUUCUUUCCUUCAAUGAUGAAUUCAACAGUGGCGUCAAAUAAAAGCUUUCUGCAUGUAUAACUCUCCUUUUCUACACAAUAAGUUCAUCCCGUUGUUGCAGUAACACAGUUGUUUGUUUUAAUUAAUAAUUUAUAUGUUUUUGUAUUCACAUUUAUAGUCUGUUAUAAAAAAAGUUUUUUACUCUUGACAUAUACAAGGUUGCGUGAGUUUUUGCGAGGCAUGGCGGAUGUCCGGGGGGAUGGGGGUGGGUCACUAAUUCGGACAAUGCCGGACAAGGGGGGGGAUCUGAAAAUCCAUCAUUUGGCCGGACAUCCUUUGUCCCCCAAUGCAUCUUAAUGAAUUCGACGAGCAACGUUUGAGGCUGGUCAGAAUAUAAAUAGUGAGAAGGAUUUUUUUAAAUCUGUCAAAUACUUUACAAAUCGAAUCGUUGUGUAUUUAAGAAUCUUGUAAAAGGGGAAAGUACACAAAUAAUCUCUUACCCUGUCUAAAGUGGCAAAUCUUGUUUCAUAAAUUUUUUAUUAACCAUUUAGUAUCUAAUUGUUAAGCAGCGUUUUCUUUACACAUUUAAGAAAAAGCAGAAAACUGAUCAACAUAGUGAUUCCAUAAUUGGACUAGGUGAAUUGUUAUUGGUAAGUGAAUACAAUACACUCAAAACAUUACAUGUUGACUUUGUUCACUAACAUUUGAUACUCAUAGUCGCGAUUCCCUUUCGCGAACGUGGUGAUAAAACUCAAUGGUCAAUUUUUUUUGUCCUCUUUUGAUCGAACCAUUAGUCAGAGAAUAGUACAAAUUGAUUCUCUUGCCUGUUCUUGUCGCAUGACAUUGCAUGUACUGCAAUACUAAAACUUCUUAUUUUACUUUAGUUAGUAUCCUUGACUUUGGAUGGGAUGACAGGAGCGACACAGGAUAAAAUGAGGGUAGAACAUAGCAUACGUUCACAUUACAUGAUGCAAAAAAUCAACAUUUGUUCUUUUCUAAUUCUUGGGACUGGUGAGUACAGUUUAAAUGCUUUGAAAGAUUUUGUAAUAUUUCCAAUGGACCAUUUGCAUUAUAGACUAAAUUUUGAUCUAAACAAGUCUAGACAAAAUUUCAUCACAGCUUGAAAGAGCAUCACAAAAUUAGUAAUAUUCCAAAGUUUCGUUGCGAAAUGUUGUAAAAUGCGGAUAAUAUAGCCUUGCGAAGUUUGCCGUUUUUCAGUCAUUUUUCAUUACGCCCGCAUUGACAGCCCAAUACCCUUUGGGGCUGUCAAUUUCCCGUUUGUAAUACAAAAUGACUGAAAAACGGCAAACUUCGCAAGGCUAUAUUAUCCGCAUUUUACAACAUUUCGCAACGUAACUUUGGAAUAUUACUAAUUUUGUGAUGCUCUUUCAAGCUGUGAUGAAAUUUUCGUCUAGACUUGUUUAGAUCAAAAUUUAGUCUAUAAUGCAAAUGGUCCAUUUGGGCAUGAAUCUAUUGUAUUGCCGAUGCUACGCAAUCAUGAGCAUCCAUUGUAGGACGUACUUUGUGGUUGCUGCCAGCCAAUACAAUUUGUGCCUGAACUAACUGAGCUAUUAAAAGAGUUUUGUAGAUGGAAAUUUGGCAAAAAUGAAACUAUAUGUAGGUCCUCUGGCAGGAGUCGAACCUGCGGCAUUUGAAAUUUCAUCUACAAAACCCUUCAACAAUUAGCUCUAUAUAUCGAGUGAGAUACCCAAAAAUCCUGAUUUUGAGCUAUUGAGUCUUCAAACGAUGGCUCUUUAAAGAUAGCAAUAAAAACCUGACCUAGGGUCGUCUCUCAAAAAGUCGUUUCAUUUUGGGUAGUUCGGACACAACAGAGGCAUGCUGUUGUACUCUGUGGUAACCAUAGUGGUGCACUUUGCAGAAGCUACUGUAUUUGUGUGUAACGUCCUUUUGGCCCACUUUGCAUUAUAUGCAUAAAAAUCGCAUAACGGUCUGUGCUAGUGUAUAGGUAGCGCUGAUAAAAUGAAAGCUGGGGAUUGAUAGGGAUACAACUACAAUGGAACCCCGCCUUACGUCUUCCUCGUUAUUACGGUCACGUCUAUAUUACGUCCACUUAUUUUUGUCCCGGGAAAACGCCAAGACAAUAUACAUUUUAUAAAGAUAUCCCGUUACAGUUGAUUUCACAUAACUUUUCCCUAAAUAUUGCGUACUGUACUGCGUAAUGUAUCUAUCUAAUGACGUUUAUAUCUGUAGUUAAAUAAAUAACACCCGGUUUUUUUUUGCAAAGCUGUCUUCAUGACUGGAGAAAUUUGGAAUUCAAUCGCUUUUUGCCAACGUCACCCAUCAGUUUUACCAAAUAUGUUGUCAUUUAGCAUCGCAAGUGCUUUGGGCCAGGUACUGUAGGUUUCUAUAAUUUUUAUAUCAAUAUUCGAAUCGCUCUGUCUUCUUAUAUCUUACGGGUUAGGCUGUAAUAGCGCGUCAUAUUCUUUCCAUGCCUAUGUCAUAUUACCCUUUGCAUACCAUGAGUAUAUAAUUAGAUACAAAUUUUAAAAACAAGUUUUCUUGGCUUACAUUUAAAAAACAAGUUUUCUUGGCUCAUAUCCGCGAAUAAAACGAUAAAAGAUUAAAAUUGCGUUCCUAUAUAUAGUACAUAAAAUCGUAUCUCUGUUUAUCUCUUGUCAUAAUUUUAUCAUUUCACAGACUUUCCGCCAUCCGUCGCUCCUCCCGCCAUUUUUUGUCCGUAUGACCGUAUCCGUGUUUUAACUUAACCGCGCGCACUAUUAUACACUGCUCUCACUACUUCCAAAAUACUGAUGAAUUUUUCUGUUAUUUUUUAGAACUUUAUAUUUAUCACAGUGACAACGUUUGGUCCGUUGACGUGUUCAAUAGUAACAACAACAAGAAAAUUCUUUACGAUAUUGGCUUCAGUUCUAUUUUACGGCAACGCUCUUGUUUCCAGACAGUGGGUCGGGGUGGUCUUUGUUUUCCUAGGACUUGGUCUUGAUAUCAUCUUUGGGAAAACCAGAAAAUGAUUAAAUGUGAGACAUUUUCUCUCUUUGAAAUAUGGACCUUGGCUACUAGAGAAACUUUGCCAAGCCAACCUGUGUAGGCGAAGCAUUAGCUCUGUUUACUGUACACUAUGAAAGGUAACCCGGAGUUGUGCUGGGUUAACUCAUAACUGUAACCCGGGUUAGUUUUUCGGAGUGUACAUUCGCCUAACGGGUUCGCACGUCCUGCUUUUGAAUAGGGUUUAAAUGAACUAACCCAAAUCGAGCCCAGUUUGACAAAAAUUAUGUGGCCCCCACAAUUUGCCUUCAGGGCGAAAUGCCGAGGACAUAUGGCUUCCGGAGUGGCGGAGUACAUAUUUUCAUUUGCCUGGGCAAAACGUUUGGGUUACUACUUAUAUCUUGUUACGGUGGCAAGGUUGUUCUGGCAGGCGGAUUCAUCAUAUGUUCAUGCAUUAAAAACAUUUUAUGUGUUCUAAAUUAGUAUACUAUCAAUUAAAUUGAAAUAAAAUAUGUGUAAUAUUGAAGAAAAGGAUUACUUUAUACUUAAUUAAUAUAUAGUAGUAGCAGAAGAGAUUUUAUUUAUUAUAAUGAAUUAGGUAGUAGAUAACAGGGCAUAGGGUAUUUCUAAAUAAACUUGUAGGCCUAGGGUCAUGACCAAAGAGAAAUAUAUUCAAGUGCGAAAUCUAAGAUGAUGUUAUAAUUCUACGCUCGCGCAUGAUUAAUUAGAUGUUAUAGCACGCACGUGUCAGUUACAAGUCAUUUGCACUGCGGCUGUGCAGUCUAACCGACAGUCACGUACG